AUGGAGCACAUGAUGGAGAAUGUGUGCAUCUGGAUGGUGGUGCUGGCGAGGACGGAAGGUACCACGGGCUGCCAGAGAACAAGCCGGCGGGCCUCGGAAGAAGUCUCUCGGCUGCUGGGGGCAUUCCACAACCCAAAACAGGUGACCAGAGGGUUUUCUGGUGGUGUUCAGACAGUAACUCUAAUUCCAGGAGAUGGCAUUGGCCCGGAAAUCUCUGCUGCUGUUAUGAAGAUCUUCGACGCUGCCAAGGCGCCUAUUCAGUGGGAGGAGCGGAAUGUCACCGCCAUCCAAGGACCUGGAGGCAAGUGGAUGAUCCCCCCAGAAGCCAAAGAGUCCAUGGAUAAGAACAAGAUGGGCUUGAAAGGCCCGUUAAAGACCCCGAUAGCAGCUGGUCAUCCAUCUAUGAAUCUGUUGCUGCGUAAGACAUUUGACCUUUAUGCCAACGUCCGACCAUGCGUCUCAAUCGAAGGCUACAAAACCCCGUACACCGACGUCAAUAUUGUCACCAUCCGUGAGAACACGGAAGGAGAAUACAGUGGCAUCGAGCACGUGAUUGUCGACGGAGUUGUGCAGAGCAUCAAGCUUAUCACCGAGCAGGCAAGCAAGCGCAUUGCUGAGUUUGCCUUCGAAUACGCCCGGAACAAUCACCGGAGCAACGUCACCGCCGUGCACAAAGCCAACAUCAUGCGAAUGUCAGAUGGACUUUUUCUGCAAAAAUGCAGGGAAGUUGCAGAAAACUGUAAAGAUAUUAAAUUUAAUGAGAUGUACCUUGAUACAGUAUGCUUGAAUAUGGUGCAAGACCCAUCCCAGUUUGAUGUUCUCGUUAUGCCAAACUUGUAUGGAGACAUCCUUAGCGACCUGUGUGCAGGGUUGAUCGGAGGACUUGGAGUGACGCCAAGUGGCAACAUUGGCGCCAAUGGAGUUGCCAUCUUCGAGUCGGUUCAUGGAACUGCCCCGGACAUAGCUGGCAAGGACAUGGCCAACCCCACCGCUCUCCUGCUCAGCGCUGUGAUGAUGCUGCGUCACAUGGGCCUUUUUGACCAAGCGGCAAAGAUCGAGGCUGCAUGCUUUGCUACAAUUAAAGACGGGAAGAGUUUAACGAAAGACCUGGGAGGCAAUUCCAAGUGCUCCGACUUCACAGAGGAGAUCUGCCUCCGCGUCAAGGACUUGGAUUAGCACUCCUGCCCGGCGUUUGCACCAGUCACUCCAGUGGACACUGCAGCAGCCAUGCCUUCGGUUUGCUUGUUUCUCGACAGAGUGCGUGUUUGGAUCUGGCCUCUUAACCAUGACACACCUGUGUAAGAGGUGCAGGCGAUCAAUUCCCUAAGGCCUGCUUUCAAAGGACUUUUUCCAAGUGCUGUUUUUAUUUAUUAUAUGCCUACCUGGUAAAUUUUAAUUCUGCCAUUGUUAACCAUGUUACACUUAAGUUAAAACUGUUUUUUUGUUUUUUCCCCCCCUCUCAGCUGUAAAUAUGAUACAAAAUUAAUAAGAGAAAACAUCUAUCUAACUUUUUACAGGAAAGAUCUGGGUUUUUUGCUUUAUGAAAAAUAUAAUGGAGAUAAAACAGGAUACUGACAUUAUAGCACAAGAUGAUAUUCUUCUAAAAUCAGAAACGAAAAAAAAAACAACAAAAAACAAAAAAAAAAUCAGAAACGGGCACAGGAGAAACUCGUUGGGAAAGUUCACCUCACAAAUGAAACAAAAAGAUUGGUCCUUUACUGUAUGAAUAAAGACUUCAGAUCCAAGAAAUCUAUCACGAGAGAUGUAAUUUUUGUUAAAUAAAAUGUAGGGAGUCUGUUAGGUACAAACUCA